GUAGGUCUUUACCUCUGAGCGCUGCUGCUGCUGCUGCUGUGUAUCUCACCGUGUCGCCCCUCCGCUGCUUCUCCGGAUCAUGGAGCUCGCGACGCGCUGCUUGUUGCUGCUCGCGAGCCUCGGCGCGGUUUCCACGGCCACCGACUGGGACGCGGCGGCGGAUCCGAGCUACUACGACGAAGCGAUGAUGAGUUCUCCAGAAGCGAUCGACUACAAAGACCCGUGCAAAGCCGUCGCCUAUCUGGGGGACAUAGCGCUGGACGAAGAGGACAUGCGCAUGUUUAAAGUGGACCGAAUUGUGGAUGCCGUCCAGAAAACGGUGAUCAAGCUCAAUCGCACUGACGCGGCAGAUGGGACUAGCCCAAACACUGGCAGGUCCAAUCAGCAGGUGGCGUCACGGCGCAGGAAGAGGGCGGCGACAUCCCGCCCUGAGAGGGUGUGGCCCGAAGGUGUCAUCCCUUACGUUAUAAGCGGCAACUUUAGUGGUAGUCAAAGGGCCAUCUUCAGGCAGGCUAUGAGACACUGGGAGAAACACACGUGUGUGACGUUUAUUGAGAGAACCACAGAGGACAGCUACAUCGUCUUCACCUACCGGCCGUGUGGGUGUUGUUCGUAUGUGGGCCGUAGGGGAGGAGGACCUCAGGCCAUUUCCAUUGGCAAAAAUUGUGACAAGUUUGGAAUCGUGGUGCAUGAGCUUGGGCAUGUGAUCGGAUUCUGGCACGAGCACACGCGGCCGGACCGAGACGACCACGUCAGCAUUAUAAGGGACAACAUCCAGCCUGGACAGGAGUACAACUUCUUGAAGAUGGAGCCCGGUGAAGUGGACUCGCUAGGGGAAGUCUAUGACUUUGACAGCAUCAUGCACUAUGCCAGAAAUACAUUUUCCAGGGGGAUUUUCUUGGACACCAUCCUACCACGAUAUGACAUAAACGGCGUCCGUCCCCCAAUCGGCCAGAGAACCAGGCUGAGCAAAGGAGACAUCGCUCAGGCACGCAAACUUUACAAGUGUCCAAGAUGUGGAGACAGUCUGCAGGACAGCAGUGGGAACUUCUCCUCUCCUGGGUUCCCCAACGGCUACUCGGCGUACAUGCACUGCAUCUGGAGAAUCUCAGUCACGCCAGGCGAAAAGAUCAUUCUCAAUUUCACCUCCAUGGAUCUAUAUCGGAGUCAUCUGUGCUGGUAUGAUCACGUGGAGAUCAGAGAUGGAUACUGGAGGAAAGCCCCACUCAAAGGUCGACUCUGCGGAGACAAGCUUCCCGAGCCGAUCAUUUCAACAGACAGUCGUUUGUGGAUCGAGUUCAGGAGCAGCAGUAACUGGGUGGGCAAAGGCUUCUCAGCUGUGUACGAAGCUAUCUGUGGUGGUGAAGUGAAGAAGGAUAAUGGGCAGAUCCAGUCUCCUAACUACCCAGACGACUACAGACCCAAUAAAGUCUGUGUGUGGAAGAUCACUGUUGCUCAGGGCUACCAUGUAGGCCUCACCUUCCAGUCCUUUGAAAUUGAGAGGCAUGACAGCUGUGCUUAUGACUAUCUAGAAGUCCGUGAUGGGAACUCGGAAAACAGCCCGCUGCUGGGCCGCUUCUGUGGCUACGACAAGCCAGAUGACAUCAAGAGCAGCUCCAACCAGCUGUGGAUGAAGUUUGUGUCCGAUGGCUCAGUCAACAAAGCCGGAUUCGCUGCCAACUUCUUCAAAGAAAUGGACGAAUGUUCGAGACCAGACAACGGUCGCUGUGAGCAACGCUGUGUAAACACACUAGGCAGUUAUAAGUGUGCGUGUGAUCCAGGCUUCGAGCUGGCCGCAGACAAACGAAGCUGCGAGGCUGCAUGCGGUGGCUUCAUCACCAAGCUGAACGGCUCCAUCACCAGUCCCGGCUGGCCUCGCGAGUACCCGCCAAACAAGAACUGUGUCUGGCAGCUGGUGGCCCCCACGCAAUACCGCAUCACGCUGCUCUUCGACGUCUUCGAGACCGAGGGCAACGAUGUGUGCAAAUACGACUUCGUAGAGGUCAGAAGUGGACUUUCUGCAGACUCCAGGCUACACGGCAAGUUCUGCGGAGCCGAGAAGCCGGAGACCAUCACGUCUCAGUACAACAACAUGCGCAUCGAGUUCAAAUCAGACAACACAGUCUCCAAGAAGGGCUUCAAGGCCCAGUUCUUUUCAGAUAAGGACGAGUGCUCGAAGGAGAAUGGUGGCUGCCAGCACGAGUGUGUGAACACUUUCGGCAGCUACAGCUGCCAGUGCAGGAGUGGCUUUGUCCUGCAUGAAAAUAAACACGACUGCAAAGAAGCCGGCUGUGAUCACACGGUGAACAGUGUGAGUGGAACCAUCACCAGUCCCAACUGGCCUGAUAAAUAUCCCAGUAAGAAAGCGUGCACAUGGGCUCUAUCAACCACACCGGGACAUCGCAUCAAAAUCGCUUUCAAUGAACUCGACAUGGAGCCUCAUUUAGAGUGUGCGUACGACCACAUCGAGAUCUAUGACGGACGCGAUGGAAAGGCGCCCAGCCUGGGACGGUACUGCGGCUCCAAGAAGCCUCCUCCAGUCACAUCGAGCGGGAACAAAAUGUUCAUCCGUUUCUUCUCUGACAACUCCGUACAGAAGAAAGGAUUCGAGGCCUCGCAUACUGCAGAGUGCGGAGGGCAGUUGAAAGCUGAGGUGAAAACCAAAGACCUCUACUCACACGCCCAGUUUGGAGACAACAACUACCCGGGCGCAUCAGAUUGCCAGUGGGUGAUCUCAGCUGAGAAGGGUUAUGGUGUUGAGCUCAUCUUCCAGACGUUUGAGAUCGAAGAAGAAGCCGACUGUGGUUACGACUACAUGGAGUUGUUUGACGGCGCCGAAACCAAGGCCACAAGGCUCGGCCGCUACUGCGGAUCAGGGCCUCCUGAGGAGAUCUACUCGGCCGGCGACUCCAUCGUCAUUAAGUUCCGAUCAGACGACACCAUCAACAAGAAGGGCUUCCACGUGCGCUACACCAGCACCAAGUUCCAGGACACUCUGCACUCACGGAAGAAGUGACCCCUAGUGGCCGGGAGGGGCCACACAGGGCCCAGGGGGAGGAGUCGAGGCGCCAGGCGGAGGGCGCAACCCGUCGCUCGGAGCCCCCCGGCCGCCAAUGCCAGCCGCAAGAACGAUGCCAACCGCACCUCAGUAGCUCGCAGGGGCUCUGGCGCCCCCUACUGACUGUGAGGAGUAAAGCCAUUCCGCAGUAGACCUUGUUUUUACCUUUUUUAUGAUUAAUGAUUGGGGUGGAGUUUGGGGUAGGAAGAGGGGACUAUAUUUGGAUUAGAGGAAUAUUUGGGUUGUAAGUGGAUCAUGGAUGGGGCAUGAAUAGAGUGGUGUUGAUGAUCAGUAUAUGAUCACACAUGGAUCCUUCUUCUUUUUUUUUUUUUAAAUGAGCCGAAAUGCAAUUUCAACACACACACACAUACACACACUGAGGGCCUGCAGGAUCGCAAGCAGGAUGAUUCAGGUCUCAUCGAGCCAGAGAGCAACACCACAAAUGGAGAAAGAACGGAUUGAUGACUGGAAGAAUUAAAGGGUGGAUCAGUGUGUUUUUUCUUCCCAGGGCAUUAUGGGAAACCUCCAUCUUUUUUACACACACACAGUUGUUCCCGGCUAGUCUGAUAUCCAUUACUUGAGUUACUGACACUGUUUGUCAGACAGAUGCAUGUAACAACAGGAAAAAAAAUAGCAAACGGGGCAUUUUAUGUGACUGCAUAAGCCUUUGUAAUUUUUUUUCCUGGCUAGCCAUCCAGGAAGCUUCCUUCCAUUUUAGCAUUACUGAGGAAAGUAAAAAAAAAAUAAAAGAAAAAAGAUAUGAAAAAAGAAAAGUCACAGUUAUCAUAUUAAAAUAUAAUAAAUGAAAUGUGGCCCAUGUCUGAUGGCUGAUUGCUUUUUCAUAAAAAAUUGCAAAAAUGUGAUUAUUUUGACCUUAAAUACACCUUUUUAGGCUUCUGUUAAUGUCUCUCUGUCCCCAAGUCGUUCAUUAGGCUGUGGGUUCUUUUUAAUAUCGAGAGCAAUUUCUAUUCUUCAAAUGAGAUGCAGUGCAAAUAAUUUAUUUCAGCUGUUUAAAUUACAUGGUACUCACGUCUCUCUCUCUCUCUCUUUCUAUGUUUAACAUUACAUGCUUGUCCAUGUUUUUUACCCUCGAAAAUAUUGUGUACUCUUUCUUGUAAAGCCUUAGUGCUUCACAUUAACCUACUUAAUUUGCCUGUUCUGUAAUUUCCAACAUCUUUUUUAAAAAUAUUUAAUUCACUAGUAUGUAACACGCAGUUUAACGUACCCCCGAACAACCUUAUGGUGUUUUUUUUUUUUUAGCAGCUAACUCCUCUAGGAUGUCUUUUCUGAUUGUUGUGAAUGAAUUAGCACCAUGCUAAAUUCGCUUGUUUCCUUUUAAAAUUCUGUCAGUGCUUCUGUAAAAUACUGAUCUAUCUGGCAAAUAUUAUGUAUGAGCUAAGAAGCAGAAAAUGACACAGAAAAUGUUAGCUACAGAACAUGCAUGCUAAACCAGCCUGCUAGCUACCUUUGCUAAUGUUUCUGAUUAUAUUUUGGAACUUGUAGCUUCUGUUUGACCUUGUAACUAAAGUUACUGAAACCAGAUCUCACUCUUGUCUACCUGAGGCAAAUGCAAGCUAGUUUUGUGCCAGUUAAGUAGCUAGCUUGCUACUUUAGCUAAUGUUACUGAUAUUUCUUGUCAGGUUUGGAUUCUGUUAAAUAAAUCUGUGAGAAUAUGACCAUCUGAAUCAUCUUGAUCAUACGCAAACUUGAUCAUAUUCAUUUGUCUACCUGAGACAAAUGUGAGCUAGCUGUCUAACUCUGACCAGCUGGAUUACAUACCCAAUAUUACAGAUAUAUUUUGGUGUGUUUGGCUAUUGUUUAGUCUCAGAUAUUGAAACUUGAUCUCACUUUUCUCUACCUGAGGCAAAUUCUAGCUUUCUAGUGAUACCUAGCUAGCUAAAUCGUGAUAAUGUUAUUGAUCUGACAAUGUAAAUGAAGAUACUGAAACCUGUUAUUACUUGUGUCUUUACCUUUACCUGAGGUAAAUGUUUGCUAGUUUUCUAGAAGUUAACUAGCUGGCUAUCUAUCUACAUUAGUUAAUCUUCCUGACAUAUUUUUGCAGGUUAGCCAACAGUUAUAUCAGUGAGAAUUUGACUAUGUAAAACAAGACCCAGAUACUGAAACUUGACCUCACACGUGUGUCUUCCUGUGCUACUUAUCUAACUAUUAACUAGCCAGCUAGAUAACUUAUCUAUCCAUGCUAAAAUGUUUGCUUACUGUUAAAUACAUUUUUGAGUAUAUUAUGAUGUAAAUCAAGACUCAAACGUGAUCUCACUGGUGUGUCUACCUUAGACAAAUGUGAGCUAGUUUUCUAGCAGCAUUAACUAGCCAUCUGUGUAACUCGGUUAACAAUACUCAUGUAUUUUAGAAGGUUUGCUUCCUGUAUGUUGUAAACAAAUCUUUUUUGAGCAUGAUAUUGUGGAUACUGAAACCUGAUCUCAUUCUAUUUGAGGCAAAGGUGAACUAAUUUUCUUAUUAGCCAGCUAGCAGGAGAACAUGAAGACUAGAGGUUUAGUGAUGUUCUGCACCAUUUUUAGCUGUUUUUUGAGCAUUUAAAAUGCAUUCAACAAUGUAUUAUUCUAUAAAGCUGUUUGGGGGUACUUUAAAUGGAUAAUGGAAAGCUGAGCUGGAUUCAGAUAGACUGUUCGAGCAUACAUAGUGUGAAACAGCUUAACUGAUGUGAGUUAAGGUGCAGAUAGAAGUUUUGCCUACUCAGUUGCCUUUUAAACAUUUUUUGUUUGUUUGUUUUUUGUGGUAUACCUCAGGCCUCAGAUAUUAUUAUUAUUAUUAUUAUUAUUAUUAUUAUUAUUAUUAUUACUGGUCUAGGCCCAGCUUUGUCCAACAACUAACAUAUAUCAACUUGGACCACCGUAGUACCUCAGUGAAGAAGAGCAAUGCUGAGUGGUGCUUCUGCAAAAAUGAGCCUAAUCAGUUUUAUGGACAUGGUUUGCAUAUAUUCACGGUAUUAGUUCAUGUAUUGAUCUUUAAAAGUAUUAUAUCUAGCUCAGUUUCUCAUGAUUUAUAUGGUUCUAAGGCACAAAGAGCAUGUUGAGAUGUUACUGAGGGCAGUUGGUAAGCAUUUUAAGACUUAGACCUCGUUGCUUCCCUGCUUUGCAGUAUUGAUUCACAUGUCAAGCAGUUGCUACAAAAUGUAGCUCACCAUCCUCCAAUAAUGGUACAGGUGUUCCAACUGUUCUUUCCUUUUCUCACUCAUUCCAAUCUUGUGUUUUCCAGUCAUCCAAUCUCGAUGCAAUUUGUCCAAGCCCUUUUCAUGGGCAGAAGCUGAUUACAAGGCUUGUCAGGCUGGUGAAGGUGUGUGUGCACUUGUGUGUGAGAAGGUACACAGACCUUGCCUAAUUGGUCUGGAGCGUGCCAGCCUGAGACUGAGCCUCUCUCUGAAUUAUUUACCAACCAACCACCUUUUUUUUUUUUUGUUUUUUACCCCUCCCCCUCCAGAACUCCUUUAGAAGGCAUCUGGCAAAUGUACUUUCAACUCAUGCUAUGAUCGUAUUUACCUUGUGUGUGUCACAUUUUCCAAACUCUUUGAGUCUCAGGUUCAGGCUUUAUUCUUCCUUGGGACCUGCUUGAUUCCAUUUACUUGACUGUCAACCUUUAGGGGUAAGCUGGUAUAUGGGUUGAGGGGGUGAACAGCUUUUCAAAAGAAAAGUCAUGCAGUAUGAAUAGCAAUGUCAAAAAGGAAAUUGAAUAAAAAGUGCUAUUUCCCUCACCUUGUAUAGAGACACUUCUGAUCCCUGCUUUUAUACCGAUGCAAUGUUUUGUUCCCUGAACAUCAAGCACCAGUGUGAUGCACACUGACUUACCAAAUCUGUUGAAGUUUUCACAGUGAUGCGUUUGUAUUAAAUGUUUUAUUCUUAGCCUUAGAGUUUUGGUUUCAGUGGUGGAAUACUUCUGCUAACUUCUGCCCACUGUAACAUUGUGGCUUCCGUAGAAUUUAUAAUUGAACAGAAAUAGUGUUUCUAAUGUCUCUUGAUUUGUAGAUAAUUAGAUUCAUAAUCUGAUGAAAACAAUUGUGUUGUAGCGGGUAUUUUAAUCCGAUGUGGACGAAUAAGCUCCAUGGCUCAGAUCUGUCUACUUUAACACCUGUACAGUUGAUCUAGUUGCCCUGAUUGAUCAACAUCACUUAUAGAAUAUGGAAUAUGUUUAUGCCUUUUAUUACAUGUAUGUAUGUAAAUAUGUUUGAUUGUUGUAUUCCAAAUACACUAAACCAUAAUAACCUGUUGAGAAAAAAGGCUUUGUGUAAUUGCACACACACAAUGCAAUUUAUUUAUAUUGUAUAGCUGAUUAUGGCUUAUGUAUUUGCACAUAGUAUUAACAAGUGCAUCUAUUUCAUAAAGUGUUAUUUUCAUUUCAUGAAA